UUAUAAGUAGGAAGUGAAAUCCGCGCUGCCGGUUCAGCAGAAGGACGAGAAAAGCUCUGCUCUGCAAACCUCGGGAAACAUCUGCAGCGAUGGCUGAUUGCAAAAGCGGAAAGGCUUUCUCUGAAGGCGCCGUUCACGUGGACGUAAAGGAUUAUUACGGCAAGACGCUGAAGAAAACUUCAGACCUGAAGACCAAUGCCUGUAUCGCUCCAGCACAGCCCGUCCCAGCCUUCAUCCGUGACGCCCUGAAGAAAGUCCACCCUGAAGUCACUAGCAAGUACUAUGGCUGUGGCCUGGUAGUGCCAGAGUGUUUGGAGGGCUGCAGCAUCCUGGAUCUGGGGAGUGGAAGUGGGAGGGACUGUUAUAUGCUGAGCCAGUUAGUGGGCGAGCAGGGCCAUGUGACUGGAAUAGACAUGACCGAGGGCCAGCUUGAAGUGGCCAGAUCAUACUUGGACCAUCACAUGAAAGAGUUUGGCUACAAAAAGCCAAAUGUGAAUUUUGUCCAGGGCUACAUAGAAGCCUUAACUGCGGCAGGUCUCCAGAAGAAUUCAUUCGAUAUCAUCAUUUCCAACUGUGUGGUGAAUCUCUCUCCUGACAAGUGGCAGGUGCUGGCUGAAGCCUACAGUGUUCUGAAGGACGGCGGCGAGCUGUACUUCAGUGACAUCUACAGCAGUGGAAGAUUAACGGAGGAAAUUAAAAGCCACAAAGUGCUGUGGGGUGAGUGUGUUGCUGGUGCGCUCUGGUGGAAGGAUCUGCUGCAACUGGCUGAAGAGGUGGGCUUCAGUCCGCCUCGGCUGGUCACAGCAAGCGUUGUCACGGUUGACAACAAAGAACUGCAGGACAUUCUGGGUGACUUCAGAUUUGUCUCUGCCACAUACCGCCUUUUCAAGAUCCCUAAAAGCGACAGCAAGACCUGUCAAGUCAUGUAUAAUGGAGGUAUUACAGGGGCAAAGGACAGCUUCCAGUUUGACUGCCAGUACACCUUCAAGGCCAAUCAAGUGCUGGAGGUGGACGGAGAGGUAGCGAGCAUCUUGACCCAUUCUAGAUUUGAAGGAGAAUUCACUUUCCAACCACCGGGAGGCUCCCAUGAGCAAUGUGGUGUCAAACCUAAGGCACAUGCCGUUAAUCCGCUGGAGCUGGCUCUGAAGGUAGAUGAGCAAGGCAUCAGUUCAGCCACAGGAGGAUGCUGCAGCACACGAUCUGCUGACUGCUGCAAAUGAUGGAAGAGCAUUGUGUAAUACAGGCCCAGCAUCAUGUUGUUCAUGACUGAUUACAAUGUAAUUACACUAUUUUGUGUCUUAAUGUUUGCAAUGACAAUUAAGAAAUUUGAAAUUAAUUCUUAUGUGUCUGUUACUGGUGUUUCUUCUAUGCAUAUUCCUAAAUGAUGCUUUACUGUCAGGAUUAAAUUAGGCACUCUUUAUCUAACAACUAACUGCAGGUGAAUAACAGGUGAAUGAAACAUCUCCUGGUGGAUAUCAUAUAUAAAUAUGCAAAUUAGACAAUCUGCAAAGAAUCGUCCAGUAUAAGUGACUAUUCCGGUUUUUACAUUUGAAAUAUUUGAAGAAGUUCACACCUGAAUGUGCAUUGUUCGAGUAUUUUCUAACCAUGUUUAAAAGGAAAUGUGUCAUGGAGAAAAUAGCUGGAAAUGUAAAUGCUGGUAAGAGCAUCACAUUGAUGUGACUACAUGUGGUCUCAUCUUAAAUGAAUUUACAUAGUUAAUGUUGCCAGACCGCUCCAAUCAGUUAAACAUUUCAAAGUAAUCCUGAGCAGUAUCAUAAACAUAGACAUAGUUUAUAAUGUUCAUGUAUGUCUGACUAAUCAAAAGCUUGGAGACAACUGCUCACUUUGGGCGGCUUGUUGUGUUUAGGUUCUAUAAUUUCUGUGGUCUGAAGGAUUUUUGUACUGACAAGUUUUGAAUUAAGAUGAGCUUUACAAAAAUGUUCUCUAACAUUUUUUAAAAUGUAAUUCAUGAUGUGUUUGUUCUGUAUAGGACAAUAAAUAUUGCCUGUAAACAC